AUGGUGUUUAAGCCUAAAGACGAGCAAUUUACGGAGUUCGAUGACCCGAAAGCGUUCGAGAAACACGACUGUCUCUCCUGCCGGGUUCUAGGCUCGACGGCUUUCGUGUUACUAGGUGGCUACACAUAUUUCUCAGGCAUGCAGCAGCUACGAGCAUCCAGGCAGGCGAUCGAACUCAGCAAAUCAAAGUACAAGUACGGAUCGCGGCAGCUAGGGAUUGUAUCCUUGUCGGCAACUUUAGUGGGCUUGGGAAUCUACCGAAUGUUCAACUAG